AUGGAAACAGUAUGGAGGACUUUGGCCAGCGUUGUCAUCUUUGCCAUGGUUGCCAUGGAGGUUGCCGAAAGUCUGAGUGCUGAGAAGUUCUCUCAGUCGCAAGCUGACUUUCUGUCCAGCCUGGGUCAGUACGAGAUCGCCAUCCCGGUGCGCGUGGGGCCCGAGGGCGAGGCGCUGGGUGGGGAAGGGCUCCGAGGAGACGGCCCGCACCACCACCGCCGCCGCCGCCGCAGCGCGGACAGCCAGCCCGAGGACACGCAGCUGUACUACCAGCUCUCCACGCCACGCACCAACUUCCUGCUCAACCUGACGCUGCACGAGGGGCUGCUCUCAGAUCAGUUCCGUGUGGAGUACUGGAGGAGCGGCCGCCUGGCCUGGAGCCACCCCUACUCCCCUCACUGCCACUAUGUGGGACACCUGCAGCACCAGGUCCACUCCAGCAAGGUGGCCCUCAGCAACUGCAACGGCCUGCAGGGGGUAAUAGUGUCCGGGGAUGAGGAAUACUUCAUAGAGCCACUAACUCCAGCUGACAACUUGACCAGUGUGGCUGAGAGGGAGGGGCGCCCUCAUGUGGUAUACAAGAGGUCAUCCCUUCGACACCAGUACAUGGACCAGUCCUGUGGGGUCAUUGAUGAGAAGCCGGCCAAGGGCAUGGCCUGGUGGCAGCGCACGCUGAAAACCUCGCCCAACCAGAUGGGGCGCGGGCAGCUGCCCCUUAAGCGGUCAGUUAGCCGGGAGCGCUACGUGGAGACGCUAGUGGUGGCAGACAAGAUGAUGGUGGGCUACCAUGGCCGACGUGACAUCGAGCAGUACAUUCUCGCCGUCAUGAAUAUUGUUGCCAAACUGUUCCAGGAUUCUAGCCUGGGGAACGCAGUGAACAUUGUGGUGACCCGCCUCAUCCUGCUCACAGAGGACCAGCCUACCUUAGAGAUAAAUCACCACGCAGGCAAGUCCCUGGACAGCUUCUGUAAAUGGCAGAAAUCUAUACAGAACCGCAAUGGCAAUGGCAACGCCAUCCCUGACAACGGCAUCGCCCACCACGAUACUGCUGUGCUCAUCACAAGGUACGACAUCUGCAUCUAUAAGAACAAGCCGUGUGGAACCCUAGGUCUGGCUCCAGUCGGGGGAAUGUGUGAACCAGAAAGGAGUUGUAGCAUUAAUGAGGACAUCGGUCUGGCAACCGCUUUCACCAUUGCUCAUGAGAUUGGACACACGUUUGGGAUGAAUCACGACGGCGUGGGCAACACAUGUGGCGCCCGCAGCCAAGAAACGGCAAAGCUGAUGGCAGCUCACAUCACCAUGAAGACCAACCCCUUUGUCUGGUCCGCCUGCAGCCGGGACUACAUCACCAACUUCCUGGAUUCAGGCCUGGGCUCAUGCCUCAACAACGUUCCCCCGAAGCAGGAGUUUGUGUACCCCACCACGGCGCCGGGCCAGGCCUACGACGCCGACGAGCAGUGUCGCUUCCAGUAUGGAGUGAAGUCUCGCCAGUGUAAAUACGGGGAGGUGUGCAGUGAGCUGUGGUGCAUGAGCAAGAGCAACCGCUGCAUCACCAGUAGCAUCCCCGCUGCGGAAGGAACCAUCUGUCAGACCAACACCAUUGAGAAAGGAUGGUGCUACAAGAGAGUGUGUGUGGCCUUUGGGACACGACCAGAGGGUGUGGAUGGAGGAUGGGGUCCCUGGUCACCAUGGGAGGAGUGCAGCCGCACCUGUGGGGGAGGGGUCUCCUCCUCCAUCCGGCACUGUGACAGCCCCAGGCCAACAAUUGGUGGAAAGUAUUGUCUGGGAGAGAGGAAGCGAUUCAGAUCCUGCAAUAUUGAUGAGUGCCCCGCCGGCUCUCAAGACUUCCGGGAGAUUCAGUGCUCCGACUUCGACAGUGUGCCUUUCCGGGGGAAAUUCUACACCUGGAAACCUUACAGAGGAGGGGGGGUGAAGUCCUGUUCCCUCAACUGCCUGGCAGAGGGAUACAACUUCUAUACGGAGCGGGCCCCGGCCGUGGUGGACGGAACUCCUUGCCGAGAGGAUUCUUUGGACGUCUGCGUCAACGGAGAGUGCAAGCACGUAGGUUGCGACCGGAUCCUUGGCUCGGACGUGCGAGAGGACCGCUGCCGGGUCUGCGGGGGCGACGGCAGCAGCUGCGAGACCAUCGACGGCGUCUUCAACGACUCCCUGCCCGAAGGAGGUUAUGAAGAGGUGGUCAGGAUUCCAAAAGGAUCAGUAUUCAUACACAUCCAGGAACUCAACGUGUCCCUCAACUAUUUGGUGCUGAAGAGCAAAGGGGACCAGUACUUCAUCAACGGGAAGCUGACCAUUGACACACCGCGUAGGUUCGACAUCGCCGGGACCACAUUCCACUACCGCCGGCCCGCAGACGAGCCCGAGACCCUGGAGGCCCUGGGGCCCACUAACAUGUCCCUCAUCGUCAUGGUCCUGGUGAGGGAGGAGAACCCAGGGAUCCACUACCGCUUCAACCCCCCCUUGAACCGCAAUGCACUGAGUGGAUACGUCUGGCACUACACCGCCUGGUCCCGCUGCUCUGCGCUCUGUGCCGGAGGGGUUCAGAUCCAGCAGGUUGUGUGUAAGAAGCAGGCUGAUCACUCUGUGGUGUACAACCACUUCUGUGACAAGAGGAGCAAGCCCAAGGAAAAGAAGAGAGCCUGCAACUCUGAGCCAUGUGCGCCAACCUGGUGGUCGGGUGAGUGGUCGGAGUGCAGUCGUAGCUGUAACGGGGGUCUGCGCACACGGGAGGUGCUCUGUAAGAGGAAGAUCUCUCCCACUGAGGAGAAGGUCCAGGAUGACAGUGCCUGCACCCCCCCACGACCUCCCCCCACUGAGCCCUGCAGCAACCACACCUGUCCCCCUGAGUGGCUGGCACUGGACUGGUCUGAGUGCACCCCCAGCUGCGGGCCAGGCUACAGGCACCGUGUCAUUCUAUGCAAGAGCGGUGAGAACAGUGACACUCUGCCGGAGUCACACUGCCCCAAGAAUGGCCGCCCCACCUCCAGGGUGCGCUGUAACUUGCAGCGCUGCCCACCCGCUCAGUGGGUGAGCGGACCGUGGGGAGAGUGCUCAGCCAAGUGCGGGCUGGGCCAGCAGAUGCGCUCCGUGCAGUGUCUCGCACACACCAGCCAGCCGUCCAGCGAGUGCCUGGAGGCCCAGCGCCCAGCGGCCAUGCAGCAGUGCGAGAGCAAGUGUGACCUCGGCCCCACGGACAAUCCCGAAGAAUGCAAAGAUGUGAACACAGUGGCGUACUGCCCCCUGGUGCUCAGGUUUAAGUUCUGCAGCCGACCAUACUUCAGACAGAUGUGCUGUAAGACCUGCCAAGGACACUGACUUUCCUCCUUCCUCCUCUCCUCUCCUCCCCUGCCCCUGCUGGGCAGAGACCGUCUCAGCUGCACAUUCCACCGGGGGAGAGCUGUUGGGAGGGAGAGAGAGAGAGAGAGAGAAAGAGAAAG